AUGGUCAAAGACUGUGGACAUACUACAGCAGAUGGUCAGAGACUUCAGACAUACUACAGGAGAUGGUCAGAGACUGCAAACAUACUACAGGAGAGGAUCAGAGACUGCAGAAAUACUACAGGAGAUGGUUAGAGGCUGCAUAAAUACUACCAGAGAUGUUCAAAGAUUGCGGACAUACUACAGCAGAUGGUUAGAGACUGCAGACAUACUACAGGAGAUGGUUAGAGACUGCAGACAUACUACAGGAGAUGAUCAGAGACUGCAGACAUAGUACAGUAGAUGAUCGGAGACUGCAGACAUAGUACAGGACAGGAUCGAAGACUGCAG